UGGGAAACGUCACUGAAUCAUCUCUCGAUCGCAUGGGCAUGGUCUACAGUGCUUGAAACCAAAGCCGAUUCAAUUGAGAAAUGCUGGCAUCGUUGGCCAUUCUCCUACUAACUGCUACCGUUGUCAACUCUCAGACUAACUCUAGUCACCAUAUAGAGAAGCGACAAGCAAAGUAUCUUUGCGGCAUGGAUCCUUACAAAUUUCUUUCAGACGUCCCUUGCAAUGUUUACACUUUUUGCCCUAAUGGUGGAGUAAAGCUCUUCAUUGGUUGCACAAACAACCUUCAGUGCCAAAUUCACCAUGCAGAGUCUGUAUGUAUAGACAACUGCUGCUGCGCAUUGCCACGGAUAAUGCCAUCCACACCGUAUCCUCCUUGGAUGUUCGACAGUUCGACUACGCUAGGAAAUUAUUUUUUGACUAUUUCUGUUGUUUUCAUCUUGGCCUUACUGAAGCUGUAA